GGGGAUGGUACGUUGAGAUUCCAUACCAACCAAGGAGUUGCUUGUGACAUUUAAAGCGACGGUCUUUUUCAACCUCAGCAAAAUAUCUGCAUAUUCCAGGAGAAGCGAGGAUGCGGAAAAGUGACUUUGUAUACAUAAGUGGCGUACCAAAUCUCGUCAUAACAUACGGGCAAUGGAUCACGGACUGCACAGCGUCAGAAGUGGUCCUGGUCAUUCCGGGAAAUCCUGGGCUUAUCGAAUACUACGACAAAUUCAUGGCAACCCUGUAUCAAGAGCUGGGCGGAGACAUUCCUGUGUGGGGCAUUAGCCAUGGCGGCCACAGCCUGCCGGACCGUGUGGACACCCUGCCAGACCUGAAUGGGAACCCCUCGCUGUACGACCUGGAGGGGCAGACGGAGCAGAAACUGCAGUUCGUCCGGACGCACGUGCCAGCCGGCUCGCGGCUGCACCUGGUGGGCCACUCGAUCGGCAGCCAGAUCACGCUGGAGGUGCAGCGCCGCCUGCCGGCCGGCCGCAUCACGUCCUCCUUCCACCUGUUCGGCACCGUGCAGCGCAUGCGGCAGUCACCGGCCGGGCGCCGGCUGUGGCUUCUGUCGCAGUACCUGCGCGGCCUGCUGCUGCUG